AUGUCACUGCCGGAGGACGACCUGACGUGCCCCGUGUGCUGCGACAUCUUCACGGACCCGGUCCUGCUGUCAUGCAGCCACAGCUUCUGCAGGAUCUGUCUGAAGCGCUGCUGGGAGACAUGCUUACGUGAGUGUCCGGUGUGCAGGAAAAGAGCCACCAAGUCCAAUCCCCCCACCAACCUGGCUCUGAAGAACGUCUGCGAGGCUCUACUACAGGCCAGGAGCCUGGCGUCCGCGGCACUGGACGAGGAGACGAACUGUACCCUGCACGGGGAGAGGUUGAAACUGUUCUGUCUGGUCGACCGGCAGGCGAUCUGUGUCGUGUGUCAGUCGUCUAAACUUCACAAGACCCACGACUGCUCGCCAAUAGAAGAGGCCGUGCUGGAUUGCAAGGAUGAACUUGCUUUAACCCUCAAACUCUUGCAAGAGAAAGUGGACAGCCUCAUAGAAAUUCAGCGGACCUCCACGGAUAUCUCAAAGUACAUCAAGAAUCAGGCGCUAGAAACUCAGAGAGUGAUCAGGAGCCAUUUCGAGCAGCUGCGUCAGGAGCUCUGUCAGGAGGAGUCGGCCAGAUUAGCAGCCGUGAAGCGAGAAGAAGAGGAGAAGAUCACGGGGAUGAAGGAUAAGAUCAAGGAACUGUCCGCAGAAGUGCUGUCCCUCACCGAGACCAUCUCCGUCAUACAGGAGCAGCUGCAGGAAGAGGAUAUGGUUCUGUUGAAGAAUUUUAAAGCCACCCAGGACAGAAGCGAAAGCAUUGUGCUCGGCUCAGACAACAUGUCUGGAUUACUGAUUGACGUGACCAAUCACCUCUGCAACCUCCAGUACAGAGUGUGGGAGAAGAUGCUGGACCACAUUGAUUACACUCCAGUGACUUUGGACCCAAACACAGCGCACCCCUGCCUCAUCCUGUCUGACAGCCUCACUUCCCUCCACUACGCAAAGCAGUCCGCCUGCUGCCCUGACAACCCGGAGCGCUUCCACAUUAGCGCUGAGGUGGUAGCCAUGACUCCGCUUGGUUCAGGAAGUCACCACUGGGUUGUGGAGACAGGAAGUAAUCAGGACUGGCUUCUGGGCGUGGCCUCUCUGUCCGCGCCCCGGAACGCUGAAGUCUCCGCUCGGCCGGAAAAUGGCUUCUGGACUUUGUGCUUCCGGGACGGAGGGUUCAGGGCGAUGACUUCCCCUCCCACCCAGCUGACACUCUCAAGAACGCCGGAACAAAUCAAAGUGCAACUGGAUUACGACAAAGGGACAGUGUCUUUUCUGGACCCUGCUGACAACACAGUCAUUUGUGUAUUUACCCACACGUUCACCGAAACUUUACUUCCAUAUUUCUACACACAGAGCAGUCAUCCACUUAAAAUAAUGCCAGAGAAGGUACUUGUCACAAUGUUGCGUCAAUAACAGACUGAAUGAAUAACUUGUUGUGUAAAAAAAACACAACCUCAGGCCAGAGAUGAAAUGGUUUGGUGGUCAUGGUAAUGUCUUUCACGGACAACAAGGAAAAUAUUCUUUAUCGGAAUCAUUUAGCUGCUUCCAAAUCUUUGGCUCUAGUCAGCCCAGUUUGACAUUUUGGGAAAGAGCUAGCUAGGCUCUUCCGAGGGUCCGCCCUACAUCACCUCUGAAACGCCCUCAUUAACACAUUAUAAUUAGUUUUUUAAAUAAUAUUAUGCACUUUUUAAUAGCAGAUUUCUAAAGUUAUGUACAUUCAUAAAAGAGUAUCGCAAAAAGACAAAAAAAAAUGACAGUUAAGGUAGAAGAAAAGAAAAAAAGGGAAAAUUAUAGACAUGUAUAUUACAAUACAAGGGUACAAAAAAAGAAGUGCAAAAUCCACUGUUCAGCAGGGGUAAAGGGGUUGGGGCAUGUAACUUCCCUGAACCACCAAGCCUUGCAACCUGCCGUGCAGUCAACGCUCCUGUAACAUGAAAAACUGCUUUAUAGAUGCUGUGCGGGGUAUUUUCUUACCUUUGGAGAGAUCUGUGUUUGCCCAGUUUCCAGUCUUCAUGCUAAGCUAACAUAAACUUCACCUACACUGUAGCUAUGAUGUUGAGGUUUUUAUAUUUUUCAUAAUCCAUAUUAAGUUGGAAUGGGAUAGAGGAUAGUUUUCUAGCCUGGAAUCAUAUCAUGCAUGAAACACAAAUGUAAACCUGUAAUACAUGCCUUACCAAAGUAUAACUUUCAAACUUAUCCUAUAACUCAAGUCUUAACCCUCAGAAACCUGUCCCUACACACAUGUGGGGACCUCAACCUUCAGAGUCCCCAUGGAUCAGUGUGCAUUCAGGUUCAAGUCCCCACAAGGACAUACAAAUUAACACGCACAUACAUCAUUUUUGUAGUUGAAUGUUUGGUUUUCCAGUUAAAUUCCAACUCCAUGAAGAAGCAGGUCACUUGUGAAAAUGUGUUUUAUUCUGGGGGGAAUUAAUAUGAUACAGUUUAUUAGUCUGUUUUGUACACAUGGUGGCGCCAAAGCCAAGCAAGAAUUUUUGAAGGAUUUCAUUACAUUUGAGAGAGCAGCUUUGAAACCUGCAUAGUUAUUGUAAUAAGAGAAAAUAAUUUUGAAGACCAAACAAAUGUAUUAUACAUGAAAUAAAAAAAACCUUGUUUCAUCAUAA